AUGGAACAAAAUCAUACAGAAUUGGGCUAUGAAGAUACAACGUUAAAAUUGAUUUUUCGACAAAUUAUUACCGUCGAUUGCAAUCUCAGACUAGUAGCAUUAAAAUUGCGUCGUAUUGAUGUCAAUCGGCGUUAUCCUAAUCGACGUGGCGAUACUUUAAUCAUGGCGUUAAUUAGAGCAUGUACAUUAUCCCAAAGGGAAAAAAUACACCGUUUGCGAUUUUUAUUAAAAUAUGGUGCUGACUGGGAUAAGAGGAAUAAUUGUGGAGAGAGUGGUAGAGAUUUAGCAGGAAAUAUUUCAAGCGACUUUAUUGAACAAGUUGAAGAUUGUAAAGAAAGCGUCAAAAGCGAUCUAACGGAUGAUUUACGUGAUCGAAAUGAAAAUAUCAAUCAGUCAAAACAAUCGUAUGGUAAGCUUGCUGGUUCAAAGCCUACUAUAAAAUUAGAACCCACUGACACUCAGGUCGAUACACCUACUACUGGUAGUUCUGCUACUGUUUAUAACCAUAAUAAUCAUUUCCAAGAAACCAAACCGAAUGUCAACAAAUUAACCACCAUUAAGGUUAAAGUUGAGCCAACGAAUGAUGAUCAUGUUAUGAACAAUUCAGCGGAAAAGAGCUCUAAUCCAAAAUGGCAUGCUACCGAUGUAAAUAAUGCUAAUGCAGCUUCAACAAAAGUACGUGGAAAGAACAAAUGGCCUAGAGUAAACAAGCAAAGGCCAAAACGAAACGCCAUCAAUCAGAAUCAAACAAAUAUGGAAUCAACGAGUAGAACGUUCUACCGUGAAUCGUAUUUUGUAAAUCCUAUGAGAAAAGGCAAGAAACCACUACCUGUGGCAGAUCAUAACAAAUUACCCAGUUGUCUAUGUAGUCAAACUAGUUCACUGGAGGAUAUCGAAGGAAUUGUCCUUG